AUGAACAUAGAUGUGGCUGGCGUGCACAGAAAACUUCAGUUUAAUGAAUUAGAGGAAAUCCGCAAUGAUGCUUAUGAGAAUUCUCGAGUUUACAAAGAGAAAACUAAGGCCCUCCAUGAUCGCAUGAUUUCUCGAAAGGAUUUUUCUAUUGGACAGAAAGUCCUUCUCUUUAAUUCUCGCCUUAAACUUUUUCCUGGUAAAUUACGUUCUAGGUGGUUCGGACCCUUUCUUGUUACUAAUGUAUAUUCUCAUGGUGCAGUGGAAAUCCAAAACUUAAGGACACAUGAUAAAUUCAAGGUGAAUGGUCAUAGACUCAAGCCAUAUUAUGCGACAUUCUUGGAGCAUAACGUGGAGGAAGUACCCCUCCACGACUCUGCUCCUUCUGAGUAA